AUGCGUGGACUUGCGCGCUCUGGCGUGCCCACACCGUCCAACCUCGCGACGAUUCGUGGGCACAGCCAGACGAACAUGCGGACGGGCUCGUGCCGGUUGCUCGCGCGAGCUGUGUCGUCGCGGCUGAGGCGCGACGUAGACGCGACGCAGCAGGCCGUCCAGGCGUGGGGGAACCAGCGGCGCGCCGGCCUGUCCUGCAGAGCUGCUGCCCAGAACUCCGCCUCGAGCGAUGGCAGCGACACAGAGGGGCCCCGUGAGGGACCCGCAUCGGGAUCUGUGGACGGACCUGCGGUCCCGGGGGUGCGGGGAGCCGAGGCGGCGACCAGGGGGCGGCGUGCGGGGGCGGGCAACGGAGACGGGCCGCGCGUGGCGACACGCGGCCCCCAAGAGGCCGUUUGCCCCCAGCUGAAGAGCGUGCGCGGAAUCGGUCCGAAAGGGCUGCAAGCGCUGAGAGGAGUGGACAUCACGACGCGGUCAGCGCUGUGUCGACGGCUGCAGUCGGUUGCGUGGGAAGCGCGGCGCGCGGGCGCCAGCACGGAGGUCGACCUCAGGGAGCACAUGGUCGGCUUCCUCCACGACCACGUAGGCAUUCGGCGCAUGCACGCGCGCGACGUGGUCACCGACCUGUGGGACAUCGUCCUCCAGCUGGACCCCGACGGGACGCACGUGACGCUGUCCGUGGAGGGCAACAUCGGCGCGGGCAAGUCCACGUUCCUGGACUUUUUGCACGACCGCGACGUCGUCGGGGAGCUCCGGUGGGAGCUGGAGCACACCAGUAACUACGGGCUGCAGGGCCCGUGGGAGAUGGCGGUGGUGCCGGAGCCCGUGGACGAGUGGAUCGCGCUGAACCACUCCUCGGGGCGGCACAACGUCCUGGAGGCGUUUUACAAGGACCCCGAGCGCUACGCGUACCUGUUCCAGAACUACGUUCUGGUGUCGCGGUGGCGCAAGAUCCGCGACGCGCGGUCCCGCCUGCAGGCGCAGGGCUCGAGCCCGAGCAAGAUGAUGCUCACGGAGCGCUCGGUGUUCAGCGACCGGCAGGUGUUUGUGCGGCAGCUCUACGAGCAGGACCGCACCCUGCGCGACGUGGAGAUGGCCGUGUACGACCAGAUGUUCGACCCGAUCCUCGAGGAGAACCGCUACCUGGUCCCGGACGGGUUCGUGUACCUCAAGGCCACGCCGGAGACGUGCGUGAAGCGCAUGCGCGGGCGGGACCGCAGCGAGGAGGGCAAGGUGAAGGCCGAGUACAUCGAGGGGCUGCACGACCGGCACGCGGAGUGGUUCCUCGAGAAGGUCAAGGUGAAGCACCUCGUCGACAGCGAGGGCGGCGCGCUGCGGGGGGUGUCGCGCGAGGAGGCCGAGCGGUGGGGGGAGUUCAUGAAGGUCGGCGUGCCGCGGAGGCACGUGGAGGCGGACAGCGGGAAGGAGGCGAUGAAGGCGCGGCCGAUGUCGGCCAAGGACCUCGCGCUGCCGGAGCUGCCGGAGAGCAUCCGUGACAACGUCAACCUCCUCGUCGCGCCGGGGCACCAGAUCGACCUCGGGAACACGCACCUCCACAAAGACUUGCACUGCAUCCCGUUCCUGACGAUGGACUACGACGACGACAUCAACAUCUCGCGGGACCUCGACGCGAAGCAACACUACGCCGCGCAGCUGCGGGACUUCCACCAGUGGGUGUUCGAGUACAACCGGAAGAAGCGGGGGGGGGCCUGUCCUUCGAGGACCGCCUCCGGGACAGGGUGA